AUAUUAUAAAGCAAAUUGCGGCUGGAGAAUUAAAGCGGAUAUGUUUGGAGGAAACAGUUUAAACGAAUUGAUUGUUUUUCGAAAAAGAAAGGUGGCGUGUUAUCGAGCCCUGACAGGAGCCAAUCAGUGAGCGGAGCGGUUGCUUGGCGUUAAGCACGCGGGAAGUUGUUGCGUGAUGGCGGCUGAGGGGGGAGAGGAUGCUGACAUGAUGCUUAAAACUGAUAAAAGUGGAAUAGUUGACUUAUCAGGGAUGGGACUGCAGCAUUUGAAUACAGUUGCGCUGUGCCCGACGAGUACUUUUACUCUGAUUCUGGACAAGAACCAACUGACUAAAUUGGAAAAUGUGGAGAAAUGUGGAGAUUUAGUACAAUUGUCUGUAGCCAACAAUCGCCUAGUCCGGAUGACAGGUGUAGCAAAGCUGAUCAAUUUGCGAGUCUUAAACUUGCCUAACAACAGUAUUGGAAAUGUGGAAAGCCUGAAGGACUUGGUUCAUCUGGAGUGGCUGAACCUAGCUGGAAACAACAUUAAGAUGAUGGAACCAGUCAAUAACUGCUUGGCACUUCGACAUUUAGAUUUGUCAGACAACAAUAUUUCCCUGAUAGGUGACCUAUCAAAACUCUUGUCUCUGCGGAUACUGCUAUUGCAUGGAAAUACUAUCACCACACUCCGGUCUGCUUCUAGCCAUCUGCCACCAGACUUGAACAUCCUCUCUCUAGCUGAGAAUGAGAUUAGAGAUCUAAAUGAGGUUUCUUAUCUUGGAUUCCUUCAUGAGUUGGAACAGCUGUCAAUUAUGAGCAAUCCUUGUGUAAUGGCUACCCCCUCCCUCCCUGGAUUUGACUAUAGACCAUAUAUAGUCAGUUGGUGUUUAACCCUGCGGAUUCUAGAUGGUUAUGUAAUCUCACAGAAAGAGAGUCUCAAAGCAGAGUGGCUUUAUAGUCAAGGGAAAGGCCGAUCAUUUCGACCUGGUCAGCAUGUGCAGUUGGUUCAAUAUUUGGCAUCAGUUUGUCCUCUCACGUCAACUCCAGCACUACAAUCUGCAGAGGAUGCUAAACUUGAAAAAAUCCUAAGUAAACAGAGGCUUCACCAAAUGGAGCUUCUGGAGAAGUUCCAGAAUAGCAGCCAUAUUUCACAAUCAAGUCCAACCCGAGAAUUGUCAUUUCAGAGUGAACGCAACAGCCCAACUCAAAGUUGUGAUGGUCAUAAUGUAAAAGGACCCGUAAUUCGAAUUAACACAUGGAUUGGACCAACUGGCCAUGGAGACCAAUGUCAGACAGUUGAGCAGUUCUCAUCAGGACAGACUGCAGGGACUUGUCAUUGUGAGCUCUUCUUGGAGGAUAUUCAGACUGAUGAAGACAAACUUAAUUGCAGUCUUCUUUCUUCAGAGUCUACAUUUAUGCCUGUAACCAAUGCAAUGUCUCCUCUUUCACCUUCCAGCGAUCUAAGGCUUCCGGGAGAUAUCCUGGCUGUAGAGACUGAUGUUAUGUCAUCAUUGCAUUUGGAAACUGGCGAUAUGCAUAAGGACAGCGAUGAUCAAAAAUAUCAGAGGGCUGCAAGAAGAACAGAAAACUAUGGAGGAUGGAUGGAAAAAGCCAUCGAUAAAAGUAAAGAAGGGAAUGACAGCAAAUUGUUCCAUGUAUCCAAUACAAUCAAAUCAUGUGUAAAUGUUGGUUCAAAUGUAAACAAAUGCCUAGAGUCAGCUGCAUUAACAAAAGAGCACAGUUUGCUGGAUAACAGAUUCCCCAAACAGCCACAAAUGGAAGUUGACCAGAAGCUGCUGGGAGAAGACUCAAAGCCAGAUAAAUCUGGUUCAUCUGUAACAGUUGAGCCAAAUCCAGAACUUCUAAAUAAAAUUAAUACAGCAGCCAUAAAGAUUCAAGCACUCUGGCGAGGAUUCUAUGCCAGGAAUUGCAAUAAGAAGGGGAAGGAAGUACGUUGUGAAAUCCGGCUGCGUAGGAUGCAGGAACAUGUACAGUACUUGACUGAGGAACUAAUCAGAUGGAGGAAAGAAUAUGAAGAAGAACGUAUGCAGAGGAUGGUGCAGGAAGAAGCUAUAAAGUUUUUAUGGAACCAGGUUCGGACCCUACAAGAAUGGCAAAUGUGCAUGACGCAGAAGCAGAAUGGAGUAUUGCAGCCUGACACUAAAGAUUCCAUUUCCUCUCAACAUACGUUUAUCCACUCAUCUCAAUGCAUGCCACAGUCUCCCCUCUUGAAUAACCACCUGAGUCCAAACUCUGGACAAGAUACUCACUUGGGCUGUUCAUUGCAAGAAUUUCCCGAUUCUGGCUUUCAGUCAUCAGCCAUCACCCGUAAUUGUCUCCAAGAUUCCCUGAAUUCUCAUCGUAGUUCUUCAGCAGGGAGCACGAACACAGUUGUAGAAGUCCCCUGUGUUAUUACAAAAGACAGUGAGUGUUUGACUGAAGAGCUUCAGGAGCCAGACGCCCUUGAUUCCAGUCUCACACCCAGCAGUAAAGAAAAUUCUGAUAACAGUGAACAGGACAACAGUCUUAUACAGCAGUAUCUUAAUUCAUUAAGGCAACUAGAUGCUGAAGAAGAUGAACCAAAUUUUAGCAGGAGAAUAGAAUGCAGUACUAUGAACAAUGUUCAUGAUUCCCUCUGUGGUGCUUCAGUGCAAAUGUCUGAAGAUUCUAAUACCAAGUUUCCAGAGGUUUUCUGUCAGGCACAAGAGAGUGUCAUUGAAAUUGACAUUGUGGACUGUGUAGAUGUGCAAGGAAAAAGUCACGAGCCAAUUCUGAAGCAUUGUGUAGAUGCCAAUAACUAAUAACUACAGUCAGUUAGGAACAGUGCAAAUAAAAUCAUUUUCUGACUAGAUGCAUACUUAUGUGAAAGCAAUAUUUGAAGGCAUAGA